CGGUUCCUGGUGUCCCCACUUCGCCUCCCUCCUGCUGCCCCCAAGACAUGCAGGGGCCCUGGGUGCUGCUGCUGCUGGGCCUGAGGCUACAGCUCUCCCUGGGCGUCAUCCCAGCUGAGGAGGAGAACCCGGCCUUCUGGAACCGCCAGGCAGCUGAGGCCCUGGAUGCUGCCAAGAAGCUGCAGCCCAUCCAGAAGGUUGCCAAGAACCUCAUCCUCUUCCUGGGCGAUGGGUUGGGGGUGCCCACGGUGACAGCCACCAGGAUCCUAAAGGGGCAGAAGAAUGGCAAACUGGGGCCUGAGACGCCCCUGGCCAUGGACCGCUUCCCAUACCUGGCUCUGUCCAAGACAUACAAUGUGGACAGACAGGUGCCAGACAGCGCAGCCACAGCCACGGCCUACCUGUGCGGGGUCAAGGCCAACUUCCAGACCAUCGGCUUGAGUGCAGCCGCCCGCUUUAACCAGUGCAACACGACACGCGGCAAUGAGGUCAUCUCCGUGAUGAACCGGGCCAAGCAAGCAGGAAAGUCAGUAGGAGUGGUGACCACCACACGGGUGCAGCACGCCUCACCAGCCGGCACCUACGCACACACAGUGAACCGCAACUGGUACUCAGAUGCUGACAUGCCUGCCUCAGCCCGCCAGGAUGGCUGCCAGGACAUCGCCACGCAGCUCAUCUCCAACAUGGACAUUGACGUGAUCCUUGGCGGAGGCCGCAAGUACAUGUUUCCCAUGGGGACCCCAGACCCUGAGUACCCAAGUGAUGCCAGCCAGAAUGGAAUCAGGCUGGACGGGAAGAACCUGGUGCAGGAAUGGCUGGCAAAGCACCAGGGUGCCUGGUAUGUGUGGAACCGCACUGAGCUCAUGCAGGCGUCCCUGGACCAGUCUGUGACCCAUCUCAUGGGCCUCUUUGAGCCCGGAGACACGAAAUAUGAGAUCAACCGAGACCCCACACUGGACCCCUCCCUGAUGGAGAUGACAGAGGCUGCCCUGCGCCUGCUGAGCAGGAACCCUCGAGGCUUCUACCUCUUUGUGGAGGGCGGCCGCAUCGACCAUGGUCAUCAUGAGGGUGUGGCUUACCAGGCACUCACUGAGGCGGUCAUGUUCGACGACACCAUUGAGAGGGCGGGCCAGCUCACCAGCGAGGAGGACACGCUGACCCUCGUCACCGCUGACCACUCCCAUGUCUUCUCCUUUGGUGGCUACACCUUGCGAGGGAGCUCCAUCUUCGGGUUGGCCCCCAGCAAGGCUCAGGACAGCAAAGCCUACACGUCCAUCCUGUACGGCAAUGGCCCGGGCUACGUGUUCAACUCAGGCGUGCGACCAGACGUGAAUGACAGCGAGAGCGGGAGCCCCGAUUACCAGCAGCAGGCGGCGGUGCCCCUGUCGUCCGAGACCCACGGAGGCGAAGACGUGGCGGUGUUUGCGCGCGGCCCGCAGGCGCACCUGGUGCAUGGUGUGCAGGAGCAGAGCUUUGUAGCGCAUGUCAUGGCCUUCGCUGCCUGUCUGGAGCCCUACACGGCCUGCGACCUGGCGCUUCCCGCCUGCACCACCGACGCCGCGCACCCGGUUGCCGCGUCGCUGCCACUGCUGGCCGGGACCCUGCUGCUGCUGGGGGCGUCCGCUGCUCCCUGAGUGCCCCACUCCGGAGUUAUCCUGCUCCCCACCUCCAGGCGUCCUGCCCUGUUCCCCGUCCUGAGCCGCCACUUCCAGCGAACACACACAGGUGUCCUGCCGUUGGACCUUCACCUCCUAGAGAUAAACCAGCCUCAGCUGGCGCAGCGGGGCCCUUCUUCCCUCCGCAUCCCCUUCAGGGAGCAGGAGCCCAGGGCGCCCUGGGAGCUGAGCUUGGGACUUCCAGGACCUCCCCUCAGGCUGCUCUCUGAUUCUUCCUCCCAACCCCAGAGACUGCAGAUUUGUGCCGUGCGGCUGCCUGCACCCCAGACAAUAAAGGGACCAAAACCACCCAGCCUCCACCCUGCCUCUAGCCUAAGGAAGACCAAGCAGGCCUGGACCCAGAGACGUCCCCCAACGUGGGACACGACACACCCAGACCGCGUGCCCCACCGUCUUAGCUUCAAUCCUGGCAGCACCUGGUAGACCCAAGGACUUGGGUGGAUCAGGACACCUGAAGAAGAGAAGCUUCCGGCAACCCUGCAACCCACCCAAGGAGGCUACUGGGGCGGGGAUUCCCAGGGGCGCUUUGACACAGUCCUCUGCUGUCUCCCCACUAGGAUCAUUCCACACCCCUGCACCUGACCAAGGGACCAAUGAGGCAGAGGCUUGCCCCAAGUCACAGCCACUCAGAUGCUUCCUGCCCCCUAGUGCCCAUUCCAGGUCACCAGAUCCAAGGAGCGCCUGAGGAGCUCUGGGUACAGGGCAGCAGCCCAGAGCCCAUGGGCCCUCCCAGGACAUCUGGAUGCUGGGCAUAGAUUUCUCAUGCCUCUUGAGGAGGACUCCCCUGCCUCCUCAAGGUCUCCAUUCUCCUAGGAGACAAAGCAAUAAUAAAAGGUGUUAGACAAUGUAAUGCCAGUACUACUUCCUAGGAGAAAAAUCAUGAGUGAGUGUGGGCACAGUAUCUGGAGAGGUGGAUAACGCAGGCCAGGAGGUAUUGCUGAGGGGCAGAUGAUUGAGCAAGAGACUUGAACAGAGUGGGGGCUUGAGCAAGGCAGCACAGCAGUGCAAACGCCCUGGGGCAGUGUCAGCAGGUGCUCUGGGAGGCCAAGGGCUGGAUCAGAGGGGUGGGGGUGGGUGGGCAGAGUGGGGAAAGCCUGAGGGGUCAGGAGAGCGUGGUGUGCGUGGGGGACCGUGAAGUCUGGUUAGAGGGGUGUGGUUGGAGGUCUUUGAGGAGGGCUGUGACCCGCCCUGGCUGGGAAAUGAGCACUCUGGCUGCUGCCAGGAGAAGGGUCUGGUCUUUUGGGCGGAGGGUGGGGGUGGUGGCAGGCCCAGGUGAAAGCUGGGGAAGGAGCUGACUCCAGGUGUUUCUGACCUCCCUCUGAAAGUAUUCUGGAGCGCCCAUCCCAAUACAGCCAUACUUAGUGAGUACACACCUGCUCCAAGAGAACAUUGAAAAGAAUAAAGGUGAAAUCAACCACAUUUUCCAGCAAAUUUUGCAGUAUUACAAAUUUAUUUGUACAUUUACAAAGGUGCAAAAAAGCAUCUUGCUUUUGCAAGAAAUAGUAACAUCAUUCAAUAUGCUUUCUUAUUUACUAAAACCUUGAAAUAAAAUUGUAAAACAUCA